AGCAAUGAAUUGUAGAGAAAUUUCUAAGCAGCCAGCAAGCAUCCCCUUCACUUUCUACAAUUUUUUCUCCAAGCAAACAGUAACACCGCCUUUUCUUUCCAGCAUAAAUUGUUCUCCACCCCAUGUCACCACUCCCCACCAAUUCGUCCAAUCCUAAACAGAGAACCAAUUCGAGCGCAUACCCACAUCAAGCCCAAAAAAAAAAAAGAUGAUGAGGGACAAUAAGCCUAUCAGAAAACCUCCAACCCUAAAGAGACAACACUCCAUGCAACUUCCACUGUCACUCCCUCCUUCAACACAAAUCGUCCCUAGUAAGCCCCUCCCUGUGAUCGAAUUCCCUACCUCUCUUGAGAGAAUAGUGGGAGAGGAAAUGCUUCACUUUAGCCACCCCCAUCACACCCUGUCCCAUAUCAAUCUCCCCGAGCUCUUCACUUGCUCGGGUUGCCAAGAAAUCGGUGCGGCCAAGCGAUACGCCUGCCAGCUCUGCAACUAUCAGCUCCAUGAGUUCUGUGCUUUGGCCCCUCAGGCUCUCAAGAGCCAUCCACUGCACUACCAGCACCAGCUCCUCUUUUAUUCGAAACCAGUGAAAGCGGGAAAAGCAAAUUCAAAGUGCGACGCCUGUGGGAAAUCCGUCAAGGGCUUUUCAUUUCGGUGCAACGCAUGUAACUUUCAGAUCCACCCUUGCUGUGCCGUGUUGCCCCUCGAAAUUGUCUUCGCGCCGCACCCACAUACCCUCAGACUUCUAAUGGCAUCACCGAGCAGCAGCGACACUGGCUUUCAAUGCGGGGAGUGCAAGAGGAGGCGGCCAGGGCGGAUAUACCGUUGCGCGGUCUGUGACUACCAUCUCCACGCGAUAUGUGCCAAGAUCAUAUUCAAUGGCCUCCAGGACAGCGGCAUCAGGGAACCGACCAAGUCGGGCACCGUGCUCGAGGCGGCAGCCCGGCUCGCAUCGCAGGUGGUCACCGGAUUCUUUGGGGGUUUGAUUGAAGGGAUCGGAGAGGGCGUCGGGGAAGAUAUCAUUCAGAAUGUCAUGUCUGGGGCCGGGAAUGCUUUCGUUAGCCGAGGAACUGCUGGGAAAUGAAGCAAGCUGGGGUUGCAAUAUCAUAGCAUGAACAUGUCAUUAUUUAUAUUAUUUGUUAUUUGGAUCUUGGUGUUUGUCAAUGUAAAAUAUGGUUGUGCAUUGGAAUUUCCUAAGGGCAGAGGUACGGCAUGUUGUAAAGUGAAUGAAUUGCCAAAACUCACCCAGUGAACAACACAUGCUAUUGCAUAGUGUGAUAUAUGUUGAAGUGCAUAA